GCGAAUGUAGUUUUAUUGUUCUUGCACUUUAAGAUCGGAAAGUUCAAUUGUAGGUAUGCAGGGGAAGAAACUUCCUGUCUUCACUGCUCUUGCUGUGCCUGAUGACUGGAGGUUACCAGGAUACAAUUAAAAGGUUGAAAAAGGAUUAGUGUUUGGAUUGGAUUAUUCUGGAACCUGACUGGUUUUGAGAGGAACUCAGAUGAGUAGAUUAGAGGGCCAUUGAAGGAAUCCUAAAAUGAAAGGAGUUUGGAGAGUAUGGGAAUGUUACUGGAAUUAGAUUCUGAAGUGGGGCUGGUGGUUUGGAGGCCAGUGACUGGAAAAGAAUGUUUUCAGUAGGUGAUUUUUUAACACCAGGAUGUUCGCAAGCUUCCAUUCUUGCUGGAGGUUUCACAUAGGAUCACAGUGCAGGAUUCACUCUUCUUACAGGAGAAGGCAGUUGGAGCAUGAUGUGGAAACCGUAAUCAAUGUAAUGCAGCCAGGUCCUUUAGGUAUCAUUGAACACAGAUUUAGUGCUGAGGAAGUACGAAAGGCUAAGGCCACAGCAGAGCGAGCAGUUAACAACUGGAAAAUGAACGCUUCCUUGGGAAAUAAAAGUCAUCUCAAGAAAAAUGAAGAUAAAUAAGGCAUCGGAUUUCAACUAAUCUGACUUGAUUUUUGACAUUGUUUUUAUUUGCUAGCAUCUAAAAGAUCUUGCUGAGCUAAUGUAUGGUAUAUAGUUAUAGCUAAUAUGCUAUACUCUGCCAUUCCUUUAUCUUUUUUAGAAUUUUUUUAUAAUAUCGAUGAAAAA